CGUCUUAGUGGUGUUCGCAUAGGUCUGUUCACUAUAUCUCCACCUCCCAACAAAUCCAUCGCAUAGGUCUGACCAGUUGCCACAAAAACCUAGUAACGUCAACUUCUCGAACCGAAUAGACCCGAACUUGACCCGUUUUACAGUGAUGCUAGCUUCUCUUGCCUCUUGAUAAGUCUCUUCUUCUUCACUUUCUCUUUUUCACCCUUCAUCGCGAUUGACAACUUAAAUCAAGUCUAUUUUUACUUGUCACUUGAACCUUCUUUUUAAAUUUUCUCGCAAUAAAUUCAAAAUUGUCCGUACAAAAACUUGAAAAAAAAAAUUUAACGUUCCUCGAUUCAACUCUUUAAUUGAUGCUCUUGAUUGUGUGUUUCAGCAGGUUUUGUUGUUGAGGCAUGCUCAAAUCUUCUACUUGCUUCGUUUCAAAUGGCUCUUGCAAUUGCGCUUACACAAUCAUGUGUUUUGUGUUUUAGUACGAGACAGUUGAGAAGUGCUAUAAUCUUUCAAGCAAAGAGAGGAUGCCGAAAUGUUUUGGGUAGAGAGAUGAGGUUUACUAACUUCUUAGUGUCUAAAGUAUCGAGAAUAUGUUAUCCAUCAAAGCAUAUAUAUGCUGAAAAAACGUUGGUGCAAGUAGACAGUUAUGACUCGAAAAGCUUAUUGGAUCAGUCUAAAUUGUUUAAUAAGGAAACUGCUGCAACAUUUUCCUCAGACCUAUGCAGAUUUACAGAAUUCUCAAAUUGACAUUAAAGACGGACAACACUUUACCUUUGUUUAAAAUGUUUUAUCUUCCAGGUAAUUGGAUGUACCCUCAAAAUUUUACUUAUGUCAUGACAGCAGACACAAGUGGUUAGACAUUUUUGCCUCGUCUUCCAGAUACUUCAUAAUGAGUCUCCAGGGUAAUCCAGGUAGUGUGGUAGUUGACUUUAAUAAGGUGAUCAACUUUAGCUUCUAUAUAAAUCAACAGAAGUUAAAAAUAAUGUGUUCGAAACAAUGUUCAGGCAAUCAAACACGUAUAAAGUCUUGCUGCUUUUAAUAA